AUGGCGUCCUUUGAUGAUGAUGACGAGGACUUUGUACUGGAUGAUGUUCAAGUAGCUUCAGCUGCAAGAACACCUCUAGCAUCUACAACAAAUACCGUCAAUAGUACAGGUGCGAAGACUUCGAGCAAGAAGAAUGGUGGAAAAACUGCUUCAGACAACUAUCAGAAAUUGACACAGUUGGAACAUAUUUUGAAAAGACCGGAUACGUAUAUUGGAUCUGUGGAGAAAUUUGAAUCUGAACAAUGGAUAUAUAAUACUACUACUGAAUCUAUGGAAUUUAAGAAGGUGAGCAUUGUUCCUGGAUUGUUUAAGAUAUUCGAUGAAAUAUUGGUGAAUGCUGCUGAUAAUAAGAUUAGGGAUCCUGGUAUGAAGAGGAUUGAUGUCAAAAUUGACCCGGAGAACAAUCUUUUCUCUGUUAAGAACGAUGGAAGAGGUAUUCCUGUGGAGAUUCAUACCAAAGAAAAGAUUUAUAUCCCAGAGCUGAUUUUCGGUAACCUUCUUACAUCAAGUAAUUAUAAUGAUAAGGAAAAGAAGGUUACCGGUGGUCGUAAUGGAUAUGGUGCAAAACUUUGUAAUAUAUUUUCUACAGAGUUUACUGUGAAAACUGCUGAUCGUACAAAUGGUAAGACGUACUCGCAGACGUGGCACAACAACAUGUCUAUUGUUGAUAAGCCGAAGAUUAAAACAAUGAAAACCAAGUCCGAGUACACCGAGAUCAGUUUCAAACCUGAUUUGGCUAAAUUUGGUAUGGAAAGCCUCGAUGACGACAUCUUGGGUGUUCUUCGUCGUCGUGUUUUUGAUUUGUGCGGUUCAGUUCGUGGAAUCCGCGUCACCCUUAAUGGAAAAGCUCUUAAAAUCAAUAACUUUAAACAGUAUACGGAACUUUACGUGAAAGCGUUGUCGGAGAAUCAGAAUGGAUCUUCAUCUCGUAGCAGUUCUGUUGUGAAAACGGAACAAAUUGAUGAUGCUGAUCAAUCGGAAUCAUCACCUGCUCCAUUAGAAUCUACUAAAAAGGUUCCACUUAUAUAUUAUGCUAUUAAUGAUCGUUGGGAGAUAGCAUUUUCUUUGUCUGACGGUAACUUUCACCAAGUUUCUUUUGUUAAUUCCAUUGCUACUACAUCCGGUGGUACGCAUGUCGACCUGAUUGUCAAUAUGUUGGUCAAUAAGAUUAUGGAACAUAUUAAGAAGAAGCACCGUCGUGCAAUGUUGCGUCCUUUCCAAAUCAAAAAUAACAUCUUUGUGUUCAUUAAUUGUUUGAUUGAAAAUCCAGCCUUUACUUCCCAAACAAAGGAGCAAUUGACAACUAGACCAUCUCAAUAUGGUGGUAGAAAGUUGGAAUUGCCUGAGACAUUUCUUAAGAAGGUGUUUAAUUCUGGAAUUUUGGAUCAGGUCAUGGAUAUUGCUCAAGCGAAUGCAGACCGUGCCCUAAAAAGAAUGGAUGGAAGGAAGAAAAAUAGGAUUACUGGAUACCCUAAGUUAGAGGAUGCAAACAAGGCUGGAACUAGAGAAGGCUAUAAAUGUACCUUGAUCUUAACUGAGGGUGACUCUGCUUUGACGCUAGCUGUUGCUGGUUUGGCAGUUGUUGGAAGAAACUACUAUGGUUGUUAUCCCUUGCGUGGUAAGCUGUUGAAUGUUCGUGAGGCGAGUGCUGAUCAGAUUAUGCGAAAUGCGGAAAUCCAAGCUAUCAAACAAAUUAUGGGUCUUCAGCACAAGAAGAAAUACGAUCCAGCAAAUAUUAAAUCUCUUCGGUAUGGUCAUUUAAUGAUUAUGACGGAUCAAGAUACGGAUGGUUCCCAUAUUAAAGGAUUAAUUAUUAACUUUUUGGAGACUUCCUUCCCCGGUCUUUUAGAAGUUCCAAAUUUUUUGAUUGAAUUUAUUACUCCGAUUGUUAAAGUAACUGUUUUAAGUGGUCCGAACAGGAAAAAGGUUACUGCCUUUUACAAUAUGCCAGAGUAUGAAAAAUGGAGAGAUACGGAAGGAAAGACUUGUUCCUAUAAGCAGAAGUAUUACAAGGGUUUGGGUACUUCCUCACCCGAAGAAAUGCGUGAAUACUUCAGCAAGCUUGAUAAGCAUUUAAAGAAAUUUCAUAUUUUGGAAGAAGGGGAUGCAGGAUGUAUUAAUUUAGCAUUUUCUAAAAAGAAAGCUGAUGAUAGAAAAGAAUGGCUUAGAGCAUACAGGCCAGGUACAUUCCUUGAUCCUGAUCUUACUGAAAUCCCCAUUUCUGAUUUCAUCAACAAAGAGCUUAUUCUUUAUUCCAUGGCAGAUAAUAUCCGUUCAAUUCCAUCUGUGGUAGAUGGCUUUAAGCCCUCUCAAAGGAAAAUUUUGUUUGGAUGUUAUAAAAGAAAUUUAAGGGGUGAAAUUAAAGUUUCACAGUUGGAGGGCUAUAUCGCAGAGCACACUGGUUACCACCAUGGUGAUGCUUCUUUGAUUCAGACAAUUAUUUCGCUUGCACAGGAUUUUGUUGGUUCGAACAACAUGAAUUUGUUGUUCCCUCAUGGUGGUUUUGGUUCCAGAGCUUCUGGAGGAAAAGAUGCCGCUGCUGCAAGGUAUAUUUUUACAGAGCUUUCAGCUAUAACGCGUAAGGUUUUCAAUCCACUAGAUAACAAGUUACUCACAUACAUGCAAGAUGAUGAGCAGACGGUGGAACCGGAAUGGUAUGUUCCUGUUGUUCCCAUGGUUUUAGUGAAUGGAGCUGAUGGUAUUGGUUCUGGUUGGAGUACUUCUAUUCCACCGUACAAUCCAGAUGAUAUUGUGGAAAAUAUUCAUCGCUUAAUGCGGGGAGAGGAUUCUCAGGAAAUGACUCCUUGGUUUAAAGGAUGGACUGGAUCGAUAAGUAAAAUUAGCAAGGAUAGGUAUCGUGUGGAGGGAAUUAUUAAUCAAGUUGAUGAGACCACGCUCGAAAUAACAGAACUUCCUAUUAGAAUGUGGACAAUUACUAUGAAAGAGUUCCUUUUAAAAGGAUUAUCUGGAUCUGAAAAGCAGAGUGCUUGGAUCAAAGAUAUGGAGGAGGAUCAUGGCGUUGGAAUCAAAUUCAUAGUGAAACUUUCUGUUGAAGAGAUGGCAAAGUCUCUUAAAAUUGGAUUGAAAGAAAGGUUCAGGCUAAUAUCCACCGUCAGCACUAGCAAUAUGGUUUUGUUUGAUCCAACUGGUCGUAUUAAAAAAUAUGAUAAUGUCAACCAAAUACUUGAGGACUAUUAUCAUGUUAGAUUAGACUUCUAUCAGAGAAGAAAGGAUUAUAUGGUGACUGAUUUAUCAAACCAGCUUGAAAAGUUGAGCAGUCAAGCGAGAUUUGUCAAAAUGAUCAUUGAAAGAGAACUCGUUGUUAGCAAUAAGAAGAGGCCCGUUAUCGUGAAAGAAUUACAGGAGAAAGGAUUUCCUGGAUUCGAUAAAGAAAAUAAGCCAAUUAGAGUUGAUAUCAACGAUAAUGAUCUGAAAGAUGAAAGUUCUACCGAGGAGGAAGAAGAUGCAGAUGUCACGACAGCAGCAGAAACAGAAACAGGAAUGGUUGUUGAUAACUCCAAGAGUGUUAAUUUCCUUUAUGAUUAUUUAUUAGGAAUGCAAAUAUGGUCGUUGACUAAAGAGAGAUAUGAUAAAUUAUUGAAGCAGAGGGAUCAAAAAGAAAUUGAAUUGACAACACUUUUAGGCAAGAGUGCAAAGGAUUUAUGGAAUGAGGAUUUAGAUGUGUUUGUUGAAGCUUGGCACACAUUUUUGAAAGAAGAUGAAGAGAGGCAGAAGUCUAUGAUUCCAGAUGCUCCAAGUCACAACGGAAAGAAGAGAAGAAGACGAAAGAGGAAGGUCAAAACUGAGAACGAUGAAACCUCAGGCUCAAAGAAAAAGGCAAAGAAGAUGAAACAGUCCACGCUACCUAUAAAUGAGGAAGGCGAAAAGCGCAAGUCAAAAACACCAGAAGUGAAAGAAGAGGCGGAAGAAAUUGAAAGCAAGGAGUUAUCAUCACCUUUCAAAAGCAUGUUCGGAAGUAACAAGAGCUCGACUCCAUUUGGAAAUAAAUUUAGCGCUGCAUUUUCGGCAUUUAAUAACUCCGGAUCGAAUAAGGGUUCGGAUAUAUCCACUUCUAGUACUGAAUUGAGUUUGGAAAAGUCCAAAAAGAGGGGCAGAAAGCCUAGAUCUACAAGCAAAAAGCCUGUUCGACGGGGAAGGAAAGUGAGUAAAACUAAGAAGAAUGAUGAAGUUGAUAUCGCUUCAGAUUCGAACGACGAAGCAGCGGUUACAGCACCAUCGGAUGAUGAGAUAGUUACUGCGGUGAAAAGAAGAAAUAGAGGUAAGAGUCCAAAAUCAUAUGCUAUGCCAUCUAUUGAUAUCGAAAGUGACGGAGGAGAUGAAGAUGACGAUAGUGAUGAAAUUGUUGCUAUUGAUGAUGAUGAUAGUGAUGAGAGCUACCACGAUGAUUUCUGA